AUGGUAACGGUCCAGCCUACGACAAUCAACAUUUCCCAGAGAGUAAGCCCACAGCAAUGGAGCAGUGGAUUAUGCGACUGCUGUGACGAUAUGGGCAUCUGUUGUUGUGGCUUCUGGUGCUGUCCUUGUCAGAUGUGUAAGACCACUGCUGACUUUGGGGAGUGCCUCUGUCUUCCACUGAUAGAUAUUAUGUUUGGGUGUUUUGUUCCACCUAUAUCUCUCUCUGUAAGAAGCUCAAUGAGGGAGAGGUAUAAUAUCAAGGGAAGCAUGUGCACGGACUGCUGCAAGGUCUCUUGUUGUGGACCUUGUUCCUGGUGUCAGAUGGCCCGUGAGCUAAAAAAGCAGAGACAACCACGCGUUGUCACCUAUAACUUACCAUCAGCAAUUCCCAGGGUCACAGGACCUCCCUAUUCUCCUAUGCCCAGUGCACCACAGUAA